AUGUCAUCGACGUCAUCAACCAUGGAGAAUCUAGUCCUGCAACUCCACGACAUCUCCGCCGUGAAGUUCGGCAACUUCAAGCUAAAAUCCGGCAUAUCAUCGCCGGUGUACAUAGACCUCCGUCUCAUCGUAUCCUACCCUACGCUCCUCAGUCAGAUUUCCCAAUCUCUCAUUUCCACACUCCCUCCCUCCGCUAAGUACGACGUCGUCUGCGGCGUCCCAUACACUGCCCUGCCCAUCGCCACCUGCGUCUCCGUCGCCAAUAAUGUCCCCAUGCUUAUGCGCCGGAAAGAGGUGAAAGAUUAUGGGACUGCUAAAGCCAUUGAAGGUGCAUUUCAGCCUAACCAAAUCUGCCUUAUAAUUGAGGACCUUGUCACCUCCGGAGCUUCCGUGCUUGAAACUGCCGCUCCGCUCCGUUCUGCUGGUCUUAAAGUCACCGAUGCUGUUGUAAUGAUUGAUAGGGAACAAGGAGGGAGGGAGAAUUUGGCAGAAAACGGUAUAACAUUGCAUGCAAUGGUCAAGUUAACUGAGAUGGUAAAGAUCCUGAAGGAGAAAGGGAGGGUCUCGGAAGAGACAGAGAAGAUGGUAUUCCAGUUUUUGGAGGAGAAUCGUAGGGUGGCUGUGCCAGCUGCUCCAGUUGAAAAGACUAAGCUCAGGGUUCCAUACAGUGAGAGGGCGAAAUUGGCAAAAAAUCCUACUGGCAAGAAGUUGUUUGAGAUAAUGAUUAAGAAAGAGACCAACUUAUGUUUGGCUGCUGAUGUUGCAACUGCUUCUGAAUUGCUCGAUAUUGCAGAUAAGGUUGGACCCGAAAUCUGUAUGCUGAAAACUCAUGUGGACAUUUUGCCGGAUUUCACACCUGAUUUUGGCGCUAAACUUCGAUUGAUUGCAGAGAAGCAUAACUUCUUAAUAUUCGAAGACCGAAAGUUUGCUGACAUUGGUAAUACAGUGACAAUGCAAUACGAAGGUGGAAUCUUCAAAAUAUUGGACUGGGCAGAUAUAGUGAAUGCUCACAUUAUUUCAGGUCCAGGAAUUGUUGAUGGGUUGAAGUUGAAGGGUUUACCUCGUGGUAGGGGCUUGUUACUGCUUGCUGAAAUGAGUUCAGCUGGUAACUUUGCCAAAGGUGAUUACACAACUGCUGCUGUGAAAAUUUCUGAGGACCACUCAGAUUUUGUGAUUGGCUUUAUCUCUGUUAAUCCGGCAUCAUGGCCUAGUGGGCCAGGAAAUCCUGCAAUGAUUCAUGCUACUCCUGGGGUUCAGUUGUUUAAGGGUGGAGAUGCUCUGGGACAGCAGUACAACACCCCGUAUUCUGUCAUUUCUGAGAGAGGCAGCGACAUCAUAAUUGUUGGUCGUGGAAUUAUAAAGGCAACAAACCCUGCAGAAGUGGCGCGAGAAUACCGGCUUCAAGGAUGGGAUGCAUAUCUUAUUAACUGCAAGUAG